AGCAUGGAUGUCAUACAUUCGCUCCACUGCCUCAACAUGCUUCGGAAAGGCAUAUACGCAGAUCAUUACUACCCGCCUUCGCAACGAGGUACCCAUAUGAUUAACCGGGCACUAGACCACUGCAUAGAGCAUAUACGCCAAGCGCUUCAGUGUCAUGCUGACCUGACACCGCUUGUCUACAGCUGGGACGAGGAUAGACAAUCGGGCACCCCUAUUUGGUCAUCGACUCACACCUGUCGUGAUUUUGAGAAGCUUCUGACGUGGGAUCUCACGCGCCGAGGGAAGAGUUUAUACAGUGGCAGGCAUAGAUAA